GUGCCCCCCAAAAAAAAAAGAGACAGCCCCGGACUGGCGAACCCCUCACUCUCACACCCCUUCUCCACCACUCCGAGUUCCGGUUUCUCACAGAUUCAAUGGCUUCGACGCUGUCCACUCGCGCGGUCAGGACACUCUCCGGCCCCGCGUGCCGCACCCUCGCUCGUCCCAGCGCGAUCGAAUCCGCUCUCCUUCCGCGGCGAGCCUUGUCGACAUCCACGGAGGCCGCGCCUGCCAGCCAGCAAGAUCGGCCGCGGUGGUCCUACACGCCCGAGCGUGCGAAGGCCCCCUUCAGUCUGCGCAUUGAUUCCAAACGCCCGGCCUGGAACUCCAACUCCGACCCCAAAGUCCUCGAUCGGUUCUACAUCGGCCUGCUCGGCCCUGAUGGCGACAAGGUACUAUCGGACGAGGUCAAAUGGCUGGCGGUGACGCACAAGAGUUUUGAUCAGGGACGGAGAGGUUACAACGAUCGUUUGGCUUUCUUGGGCAAACGCAUCGUCAAACUACAGGCUUCGCUGGCUCUGGUGCAGGGUCCAGCUGCCAGCGCCCCGACUCCGGACGCCUAUGGCCGCAUGCCCUUUACCCAUCCCGAUCUGGAGGGCUUGAGCAACCUCUCUUACAACGUCAAGAACUUCAUGACACACAAGGCCAAGAUGGCGCAAUUGGCAAACAAAUACGCACUCCAGAAGGUUUUGAGAUGGUCUCCUCGGCAGCCUCUCAACCUCCAGGCUUCCGGAUUGGAACUCGUUCUCGCUCACACGAUGUACGCUAUUAUCGGCGCCAUCUCGCUGGAGAAGGGCGGCGACGUCGCCAACAAGGUGGCACGUGAGCGGAUACUCAAACCCCUGGGCCUUGGGCUCGAGGCAUGAAGACGUCGGGGAGGCAGGACCGAAUUUGAAUUCUUCGGGGCAAUUCUUCGCAGGGAGCAUAUCUAGGCGUUUAUUUUCCUUUUUUGCCUUUUCUCCUUUUUUUUUUUCCGUCCUGG